CCUUGGAAGCCGUCUCAUGGUUGGGGGGGCGGGGGGGAAAGAUGGCGGAGCUGAUGCUCCUCAGCGAGAUUGCGGACCCGACGCGCUUUUUCACCGACAAUUUGCUGAGCCCGGAGGACUGGGACAGCACCUUAUACGCCGGCCUGGAUGAAGUGGCCGAGGAGCAGACGCAGCUCUUCCUUUGCCCGGAGCAGGAUGUCCCGUUUGGCAGCAGUUCCCUGGACUUGGGGAUGGAUGUCAGCCCUCCUGAACCCCCCUGGGACUCUCUGCCUAUCUUCCCGGAUCUUCAGGUGAAGUCUGAGCCAUCCUCCCCCUGCUCUUCCUCCUCCCUCAGCUCUGAAUCGUCGCGCCUUUCUGCAGAGCCCUCCAGCCAGGCCUCUGGUGUAGGGGAGGUGCUGGUCGUGAAGUCAGAGUCCUUGACACCCUCACUCUGCCUCCUGGGAGAUGAUCCAACAUCCCCAUUUGAAACCGUCCAGAUCAAUGUGGGCCCCACCUCUGAUGAUGCCUCAGAUGUCCAGAUUAAGAUAGAGCCUGUCUCUCCAUCUUCCUCCAUCAACUCAGAGGCUUCCCUGCUCUCUGCGGAGUCCCCCAACCAGGCUUUUAUAGGAGAGGAGGUACUGGAAGUGAAGACAGAGUCCCCAUCCCCUCAAGGGUGUCUCUUGCGGGAUGUCUCAGGCCCCCCACUUGGAGCUGUCCAGAUCAGCAUGGGCCUGUCCUCUGAUGGCUCCUCAGGCAAACCCCUGCCCGCCCGGAAGCCACCACUGCAGCCCAAACCUGUGGUGAUAACCACUGUCCCGAUGCCACCGAGAGCUGUGCCUCCCAGCACCACUGUCCUUUUGCAGCCCCUUGUCCAGCCACCCCCAGUGUCCCCAGUUGUUCUCAUCCAAGGUGCUAUUCGAGUCCAGCCCGAGGGAGUGACCCCCCCUGCUCCACGGCCUGAGAGGAAGAGCAUUGUUCCAGCUCCUCUGCCAGGGAACUCCUGCCCGCCUGAGGUGGAUGCAAAGCUGCUGAAGCGGCAGCAGCGAAUGAUCAAGAACCGGGAGUCGGCCUGCCAGUCCCGGAGGAAGAAGAAAGAGUAUCUGCAGGGGCUGGAAGCUCGGCUGCAGGCGGUGUUGGCCGACAACCAGCAGCUCCGGCGGGAGAAUGCUGCCCUCCGCCGGCGGCUGGAGGCCCUGCUGGCCGAGAACAGCGAGCUCAAGUUAGGGUCUGGAAACAGGAAGGUGGUCUGCAUCAUGGUCUUCCUUCUCUUCAUUGCCUUCAACUUUGGGCCUGUCAGCAUCAGUGAGCCUCCUCCAGCUCCCAUCUCUCCUCGGAUGAGCAGAGAGGAGCCUCGACCCCAGAGACACUUGCUGGAGUUCUCGGCACAAGAGCCAGUUCACAGAGUAGAGCACCCCCAGCAUCCCUCCCAGGGUCCCAAGGAGACCCAGCCCAGCUCCACGGGCCAGCCAAGUUUCAGGAACCUGACAGCCUUCCCUGGGGGCACCAAGGAGCUGCUGCUGAGAGACCUGGACCAGCUCUUCCUCUCCUCUGAUUGCCGGCACUUCAACCGAACCGAGUCCCUGAGGCUUGCUGAUGAGCUGAGUGGCUGGGUCCAGCGCCACCAGAGAGGCCGGCGGAAGAUGCCCCAGAGGCCCCAGGAGAGACAGAAGUCUCAGCUAUGGAAGAAGUCGCCUCCAGUUAAGGCAGUCCCCACCCAACCCCCUGGGCCCCCAGAAAGGGAUGCUGUGGGCCAGCUGCAGCUAUAUCGCCAACCAGACCGUUCGCAGCCAGAGUUCCUGGAUGCAAUUGACCGACGGGAAGACACAUUUUAUGUUGUCUCCUUCCGAAGAGACCACUUGCUGCUCCCAGCCAUCAGCCACAACAAGACCUCUCGGCCCAAGAUGUCCCUGGUGAUGCCCGCCAUGGCCCCCAAUGAGACCCUGUCAGGCCGGGGGCCCCCGGGAGACUAUGAGGAGAUGAUGCAGAUCGAAUGUGAGGUCAUGGACACCAGGGUGAUCCACAUCAAGACCUCCACGGUGCCCCCCUCACUCCGAAAACAGCCGUCCUCAAGCCCGGGCAAUGCCACAGGCGGCCCCUUGCCAGCUUCUGCAGCCAGCCAGACCCACCAGGCCACCCAUCAGCCCUCUACCUCAAUCAUCCCUGACCUCUACGACUCACACUGACUUAGAACUGGGGGGCAGGGGGUGGGGGUGACCAAGUGGGACUGUUUCGAAUUUUCCUGAUCCCUGGGCUGGGGGCAAUUGGUAAAGGAAAGACAGGGUAUGGGGGUUAAGCACUUAUUUGGAGGUGGGGGGAAGUUAUCCUCUCUUCUCACCCCUUUUUGGAAUAUAGGGCUCCUCUCAUUUCUGUGAACCCCGUGUCCCUGUUUCUUUCUUUGAGGGUGUUGAAUGAGCUUAAGUUUUGGGGUAGGUGGGCUCCUGUACACUCUUUAUUCUUUUGUUUCUGUUUGGGGGGUGGAGGUGGGAAUUUAGUCCCCAGGCGGGACUAGGGAAGUUUUUACAUUUUGGAGCUAGUUCCUGAGAGUCAAGGAGGAGAGGUGGAGGGAGGUCAGGUGUAUGUAUGUGCAUAUCUUCUUUUUUAUUAUUAAAUAAACAACUUGGAGGGA